AUGGAAGAUGCUUCAUUCGUUGAAUUUGAAAAUGAUAAUGUGGACGACAAUGUAAACAUUGUGGAAGAGGAAACUGUAGGAAGAGAUGAUUUUACUGAGCUUGAGGUCAGUAUGCAGUUCAAGGAUGAAAAAGAAGUGUAUGAUUUUUAUGCAAGAUAUGCUUAUGUCGUGGGUUUUUCAAUUAGAAAGAGGAGUUCAACGAAGGAUGAUGAUGGUGUUUUGAGAUAUAUCACAUUUACGUGUAGUCGGGAAGGACGAAGAAGCAAUAAUACAAGCAAAACUAUGAAGCCGCAACCAACAAUUCAGACAGGUUGUAAAGCUAAAAUCUUUACAUCUUUUGAUAUCCAUGGUUACUGGAAAAUUAAUACAGUCCACCUUGACCACAACCAUAAGACAAGUCCUACUAAGUCCAGGUUGUAUCGAUGUAAUCGAGAAUUAAGUGCACACGUUAAACGGAAGCUUGAAGUGAAUGAUAUGGCUAGAAUACCAUUGCACAAAAGUUUUAACUUUGCAGUGGUCGAAGCAGGGGGCUACGAGAAUAUGACAUGCAUGGAAAAUGAUUGUCGAAACUGUAUUGAACAAGUGAGACGACUAAGACUUGGCGAGGGUGAUGCAGUAGCAAUACAGUCUUACUUUUGUAAAAUGCAAGCACGGUGCCCGAGAUUUUACUUUAGUAUUGACUUAGAUGACGAUUCACACCUGAAGAAUUUUUUUGGGCAGACAAUCGAUGCAGUAUCAAAUGAGGACACGGAUACAUUUGUAUGGUUAUUCAAGACAUGGCUCCAGUGUAUGCAUGGUCAAGCUCCACAUGAAAUAAUUACUGAUCAAGACAGAGCCAUGCAAAAUAUAAUUCAGAUAUUGCCAGAAAAGUUUGGAUACCAUGUUGAUAAGUUUUCGAUAUUUUUGGCGAUAUACAUUUUGGUGUAUGAUUCACAAUUCGUCCAAGAAUUUGAAGAUGGUUGGAAAUCAAUGAUUGAUACAUAUGACUUACAUAACAACGAUUGGUUUCGGGAUUAUAUGAGAAUAGAGGUCGUUGGGUUCCAUGUUUCUUAA